AGUUGUGUGUAUAAAAAUGAAUGGACAUGCCAGAAACACGAAAAUUUAAAGAGGACUCAGUUUGCUAACAGCAUAAAUGUGGCUACCAUGACAACAGAGGCAAGUGCUGUGAACGAGGCCGACACUGAGGGCAAACAGAAGAGCAGCCGCGCACCACCAGAAGCUGAAUCUGUGCAACAGGAAACGACUGCAACUGAGCAGGAGGGGGAGCAGUCGAGCAAGAAGGCCCAGGAGCAGGCUGCUGAGCCUGGGCCUGUGGACGUAGCUACCUCCCCAGAGGAGGAGCAGCUCAAACCUCGUACCAGGACCUCUGCCGGCAAAGGCCUCUCACGCCUCUUCUCCUCCUUCCUUAAGCGGCGCUCUCAGUGCUCGGACGGUGAGGGCUUUGAGGCUGAGAGAGCCAGUGACGAAAAGGCAGACAAAGAGAAGGCUGACAACGUUGAAGAAGAAAAGGUGGAAGAGGUGAAGAGUGAGGACAAGGAGUCCAAAAUAGUAGAGGAAAAAUUAGAUGUCAAAGAAGUUAAAAAGAAGGAAGAAGAUAAAAUAGAACAAAAAGAGGAGAAAAAGAAGGUGGAAGAAAAGGUUGAGAAGAAAGGCAGUAAAAAGAAAAAGAAAGAAGCAAAGAAGAAAGCAGAGGAAAAGGAUGAAGGCAAAGUGAAAAAGGACGAGGCCAAAAAGGAGGAAGAAAAGCCAGAGGAGCAAAAGGAUGAAAAGAUAAAGACAAUUGUUGAAAAGGAGGAAGCAAAACCAGAGACAAAAGUAGAAGAAAAGAAGCAGGUCACUCAGAUCAAAGAGAAAGGGACAGAAUCUGGAAAGAAAGAAGAAGGCAAGGUAGAUAAGAAGGAAGCUAAGAAAAAAGAAAAAGAGGAAAAGCUGAAGAAAAAAGAAGAGGAAAAAACAAAGAGAAAAGCAGAGGAGGACGAGAGGGUAAGAAAGAGAGAAGAGGAGAAAGCAAAAAAAAGAGAAGAAGAAAAAGCCAGAGAGGUUGAAAAGUUGAAAAAGAAAGAAGAGUUUUCAACCUUGAGACUCUAA